UCGUCUGGAGCCCACAGAUUUUGGUGUUGGUCGAAAAGCAGAUCAAUUUUUGAAGCCAUCUACAACCAGUCCCCGAAUUAGUCCCGCCAAUUCGCCCUCGAACCUACCGCCAAAAUGUCCAACGUCUCUGCUGACCUGAUCUGGGAGGUUGUCCGCAACCAGAAUGCCUUCCUUGAGAAGCGCAACACCAACGGCGGCGUCCAGUUCUCGCGCGACCCCCUGAACCUUACCAACAAGCACUCGCGCAAGUACGCCGGCUUCGUCAACGACAAGGCCAUUGGUGUCCAGGCUUCCUCAAACGAGAAGGGUGGUGUUGCCAUCACCAGCAAGAAGGCCGGUGCCGGUAACAAGCCCGCCAGCUCGCAAACCACCACCACCUUCCGCCCCCACAAGAACAACAGGAGCACCUUCAAGGCUGUUGCCAACCAGACUGCCAAGAACGGCUACCGUGCCGACCUUCGCCAGGCUGCCGUCGCCCGUACCAGUGCCAUCCUCAAGUCGCAAAGGCCCGUCAAGGCCGAGCCCGAGAAGAAGCUGCGCGGCAACGCCGCCAAGAAGGAUGAGGCUUAAAUGAGCCGAGGGUGUUAUGUUUGUCAUGAUGGAGGAAGUUUGAAAGGUCGAUAAUGACGUUUUCCUGCCGGCUUAGACUGGGGUUGAGGGUAUUUCUGGCGUCCAGCACAUCCAUUUGGAGUACUUUCAGGCAGGCUGAAGCAUGUCCUUCAGUCGAUGGCAUAGGGAUAAUGGGAGUAAAGCAUUUAGGGCUCUCACAUUAGGUUUCCAGGUGCGGCAUUGCGCCUAGGUAAAACCCCAGGUCCCUCGGAUCAGGCGUCGGGGAGAAGAAAAUGAAACACCAUUUUGAUGAAGACGGCGUUCCAAUCCCAAUUACAUUCAAAUGGUUCACCUUGCAGAUUGUGAUCACGUUUGUCGGAGAUCAUGGCUAU